AAGACAAAGUUUUUGUCCCUUUCACUUCUCUACUUGUCUUUCAUAUAUAGUAUAGUGGAGUAGUACUAUUUUUUUCUCUUACAAAUUUCAACCGUAAUCACCGCCAUUUUCAGCGGGAAAUUCACCUUCCUCCCCCCUCUCCUAUAACCCCACCCCAUCAACGUUAGCACGUUUGUUUCUACACAUUACACUGUGUGUUGCUCCUUUAUAUUUUGACUAAAAUUCAGGGUUUUGGGGUUUAAGGAUUUUGUCUGUAGGGUUUGAUCAUUUUUGAAGAUAAUAGCAUCUGUGGAGGUGUAAAAAUUGAAUCUUUAGAGGUUUUACGGAUUUGGGUGUUGUGAUUUGUUGAUUCAGAUGAGAAUUGCUGAAGUUCUUUGAUCAUUUUUGAAGAUAAUAGCAUCUGGGGUGGUGUAAAAAUUGAAUCUUUAGCGGGUUUACGGGGUUUGAUGUUGUUAUUUGUUGAUUCUGAUGAGGAUUGCUGAAGUCUUUGAUCAUUUUUGAAGAUAAUAGCAUCUGGGGUGGUGUGAAAAUUUGAAUCUUUGGCGCUUUUACGGGGUUUGGUGUUGUUGUACUUGUUGAUUCUUGAUGGCUCAGUCUAAUUCUAAGCCACCUAUGAGUAGCCAUAAUUUUGGUGUGGGAGGUUCGCAUGUGAGGUCUUUAUCUCAACCAGGGAUUUUUUCGAAUAGCUGUUUGCCCCCAUUGAGUCCUUUGCCGCCUCCCAGUGAGUCGUCGAUGGCGUUGGUUCAGUCUAGCUUGAAGGAUACAUCUAUGGAGGAAGUAGAUGUGAAUUCCAAAGGUGUAGGAGUUGUGUCUUCCUUUACAAGGGAUGGUCUUCCUCCGAGGAAGGGGCAUCGUCGAUCUAAUAGUGAUGUUCCAUUGGGAUUUUCGGCUAUGAUUCAGUCUUCACCUCAGUUGAUGCCUAUAGGUGUCCAGAAAGUUUUUGGGAGAGCAGUGAGUCUUGGGGAUAGCUUGGGGAGGGAUAAAUUCACUGGUAGAAAUGGAAAGAUUGAUGGAGAGGAGAUCGGCGAGAGGAAACCAAAGGGAGAGAUUACAGAUGAGUUGUUGUUUUCCUACAUGAAUUUAGACAAUAUAGAUGCAUUGAACUCUUCUGGCACCGAGGAUAGAGAUAAGGACAGUAUGGUCAGUGGGACAAAGGUAAGCGGUUGUGACAGCAGUAAUAAUGAAGCAGAGAGUGUUUUGAAAGGGAACACUGUUAGCAUCCAACCGACAGGUUUAAGGGAAGGCUUCAAGAGGAGCGCUGAUGCGAAUAUUGCUCCUGCCGCACGUCACUUUAGGAGUCUUUCCAUGGAUAGUGCUAUUGGAAAUUUUCACUAUGGCGAUGAGUCACCAAACUUACCAAAUUCUCUGGUGAUGCGUUCCGGUCAGCUUUCACCAAGUAAUUCAGGAAAUGAAAGUUCGAGCAAGCACAAUUUUGACUUCGGAAAUGCUGAAUUUAGUGAAGCUGAGAUGAAGAAGAUUAUGGCAGAUGAAAGACUUGCUGAGAUUGCAGUUUCAGAUCCUAAGCGUGCCAAAAGGAUACUGGCUAAUCGUCUUUCUGCUGCUCGAUCCAAGGAGCGUAAAUUGCGUUACAUCUCAGAAUUAGAACACAAGGUUCAAAAGCUACAGUCUGAAGCAACUACCUUAUCCACACAAGUUACCAUCCUGCAGAAAGAUUUGGUUGAGAUUUCAAGUCUGAACAGUGAGCUGAAAUUCCGCAUUCAAUCCAUGGAACAACAGGCACAACUUAGAGAUGCUCUGCACGAGUCAUUAACUGCGGAAGUCCAGCGUUUAAAGCUUGCAGCUGGGGAACUUAGGGAGGAAGGACGGUCGCCUGGUAGCACGACACAGCAGUCUCCCGCGAAGCAUAAUAUGUUCCAGAUGCAGCGUCAGCAGCCUAGUCAAAUGCAACAAUUAUCUGUUGGCAAAGCAUCCGCGACCUCAGCAACACCUGCAUCCGCCUAGGGGAGAUAAUCUCUACACGAAGCCAAAAAGUUUGUUACAUAUUACUGGUCUCACAUGCUAUAUGCACGAUGCGAAGAAACUAAGCUUUCAGAUAUCAGUAUUCAUAUAGAUUUUGUAUGUGUGUCUGGCUACAAAUUAUUCUAUAUUUAGUGAAUCAUUGUUUGUUCAUUGGAAAUGACUGUAACAAUAAAUUGGAGUCAAAACUUUGAGCCUAUGUUUUCUCCUAUAUUGUUCUUUAGUUCUAAGGAAA